GGAUAAUACUUUAAAGUGAACAAGUUUAAAGCGAGUUGCAGUCAUAAGGAAAGGAGUUUUAAGUGUUAGAUCAUUUGGUUUCAAUUGCCUGUAAUUAUAAAAUGGAGAAUAUAUAAUAAGACAUACAGAGACGAUGGAAGUUCUGCGGAGAAAACUUGUAGAAAACAAGGCUGCCAUACUGGCUGACCUUGACCUAAACAGAGAAUUACUGUCGAUGCUCUCCCGAAUGGAGGUACUCGACAUCACUGACUGUGUUAAAUUACAGCAAAUAGAGAGCGUAAGAGAGAAGAACAUUUUGUUUGUGGAGAUGCUACAGGAGAAAAUUACCGAAGAGACUUAUACCGGGCUUAUUGAGUGUCUACAGAAAACGAAACAAGAGGCAGUAAUUACCCACUUGAUGGACGUGAGGGAGGAGAUGAUGAUUCUUUCACAUAUUCAGACUCAGCUGGAUGACCGUUUGGAUGAAAUGACAAAGUACUUGAGUACAGAAGAACGCCGCGCAGGCAUAUAUCUAACUGAAGCCCCGGUCGAUGAUCCCAGCGAUAUACCUUCAAUGACAGAGGAAGAGGUAUGGAAAAACGUGCAAACAACUAUGAAGAAAUCCAACCAACAAUUGAACCGGUGUAAGGCUGUAAUCAUCAAACUACACCAAGACUGCGCAACUGUUGCCAAACAGAAUACUGAUAUCAUUGAACAUACUAAAGAGUGUGAUGCAAAAAUCAAAAGUGUCCUAUCGUAUGGGAGACAGUCUGCAAAGCAAAAUACAGUUCCAAAGAAAACUCAGGAUCUAUUUGGAAAUCUUAUGGAUGAUAUUGAGAAACUAGUGAAAUCUAGGAGAAAUGUUAUUGAUAAAGAAACAGAAGGUAAGAGACAUUCCACUAGGAUUGUAAGGCAAUGUCGAGAUUGGAUCGAGGGAAGGUCGGUUGUCCUUACCAAACUAGCUUCUACACCUGGUCCGGGAGCCUACAGGAGCGCGGAAGAUGGGAAGCCGCUUGUGCCUUUUAAACGACCAGCUCCAAAAGUUGCUAACAAUGGAACGAUAUCAAUUCUUGAUUCAUUACAGUUACUUGAACAAGAGCUUCAGGACUAUAUUCACAAGGAGAUAUUGGUGACAGACAAGUUGGAACUGCGAUUAAAACAUUUGCAGGAAAAAGUUCAUGGUUUUAAUGUACAUGGUAUUGGUGAUGUUGAAAGUGCUUUAGAGAAUAUAGGCAAGGACCCUGAGCAUGUAGAAGAAAAUCUUGCGAUUGUUAGAUCCUGUAUAAAAGAGAUAAACAAAGAAUACAGUGAAUGUUGUGCUUUUCUUAAAAGAGUCAGACCUCCUGAACAAGGAAAUACUGCGACGCAGGAAAAUGCUUCUCCCAGUAAGAAAGAUCCAAAACUAACGGCACGAAGUUGGCCAUCGAAUUUUAAAAGAGGACACAACUCUGACGGUGGAAGAAAUAAACAUAUCGACAAUUAUUCUAACCCACAUGUGAAGUCUGAACCUAAUCAACUUCUAGAGCAGUUAAAGGAAUUCAUAUCAAAACAUGAGGAGCUUAAAAGCGAAGACCAGGUGGUAGGCAAUAAGUACAGGGCUGAAAUGUCAAAACGAAAGAGAGAUAUGGAGAUCGCUGUGCAAAGGAAAGAUGACCAGAUAAUGCGGCUACAGCUUGAAAAUAAAGAAGCCACUGCUGAAAAAGAAAAAUAUAGAAAACUAUACAACGACACCAAGAUUGGCGUUCAAAGAAACUUUGAAGCAAAUUGAAGAAAGGCAAACCUGAUAUUUUGACUGUUUUUACUUGCUACUUUUGUCGGGUUAAACAUUUUUGUUAAUUAUAUUCAUUAUUAUACUAGUAUA